GCCAAAGAGAAGUUCAGUCAGUUCGUGAUCCACCCUCUUGCUCCGUGCUUUCCAGUCUCUCUCUCUCUCUCUCUCUCUCUCUCUCUCUCUCCUCCACGGAGCAGCCCCCCUCCCCACCCGGAGAGUUAGGCAGCUUCCAAACUAUCCUUGCUUAUUAGUUGCUUGUACCAGGUCUCCCCAUGAACUUCCAUUGCUGCCCUGCCUGAGAUGCGAGAGAGAAAUGACCACCAUUGUUGGGGGUGACAGUUGGAUGUUGGAGAUGUUCCUCCACAGACCACUACGGCGGCAUGUUCCCCGGGCCGCCGGAACCCUCGGCGGCGCAUCGCCACCAAAGCUGCAACACCUGCACAACAUGUCGAUGGACCGCUCCACACCUCCCAGCUGGGUCUGCCGCCGCGGGGACGCUCUGGAAGGCUGCCGCGGACGCCAAGAAGGCCAAGCUCGCCGAGCUUGCCCUCGUCAAGCUGCUGAGGAAAACGUGACUGUCUGGAGGACAGGGUAACGGAGGCUAACAGAAUGAUAUAUUGCUAUAGUAAAUAUCUCAAGUUGAAUCUUUUAAUGGUAUAUAUCUAAACAUAGAUUCUUUUAAUGGUAUGAUCCAAUUUUCCAUAACUGGUUUCUGCGAUAUUCAUAUAAAAUCGCUCGCGUUGGCCGCGGCUCCGAGACAAACGCGACUGCUCUGCCGAGUCCAUCCCGUCCUCCCCGUCCCUUGGUCUGCCCCUCGCCGGAGAUGGCGCAGAGGUUGAAUCGCGUCGCGGUUGUAGAGGAGGACAGAUGCAAGCCUAAAAAGUGUGGACAGGAGUGCAAACGAAACUGCCCCGUCGUGAAGAUCGGGAAGCAUUGCAUCGAAGUCGGUCCAAAGUCCAAGUCUGCACUCAUCUCUGAAGAACUGUGCAUCGGCUGUGGUAUUUGCGUCAAGAAGUGUCCCUUUGGUGCCAUUACCAUCAUCAACCUUCCAAAGGAUUUGGACAGAGAUACCACCCAUCGCUUUGGCCCAAACAGCUUCAAAUUGCACAGGCUGACUGUACCGAGACCUGGUCAAGUUUUGGGCCUUGUUGGGAUAAAUGGAAUUGGAAAGUCCACAGCACUUAACAUCUUAGCUGGAGUGAUCAAGCCUAACUUGGGAAGAUUCAAUAAUCCACCUGAUUGGCACGAAGUCCUUGCAUACUUCCAUGGGUCUGAACUUCAGAAUUACUUCAAGUGUAUGGUUGAGGAUAACCUCAAGCCAAUCAUGAAGCCUCAGGUUGAGAUCAUACAUAAAAACCGGAAUUCUUUUCGAGGAAUUGUAGGCCAACUACUUGACCGGAAGGAUGAGAGGGGUAUGAAAGAUCAGCUGUGCAAUGAACUUCAAUUGAGCGAAAUUAUUGACCGAGAAGUAGCCAAACUUUCCGGUGGUGAGCUCCAAAGAGUUGGAAUAGCAGCCGCUGCCCUACAAAGUGCGGAAAUUUACAUGUUUGAUGAGCCAUCAAGUUAUCUUGAUGUUAGGCAGAGGCUAAAUGCCGCAAGAGUAAUAAUGUCCUUGCUUAGAACAAACAGCUAUGUCAUCGUAGUGGAACAUGACUUGAGUGUCUUAGAUUACAUGUCUGAUUAUGUUUGCUGCUUAUAUGGAAAACCUGGAGCAUAUGGCGUUGUUACACUGCCAUUUUCGGUUCGAGAAGGUGUCAACAUUUUCCUGGCUGGUUUUAUUCCGACAGAAAACCUUCGGUUUCGAGAUGAAUCUCUUACUUUCAAGAUUGCGGAUGCCCAGGAAGAUGCUGAGAUCAAGACAUAUCAGCAGUACAAGUACCCUACCAUGAGCAAAACAAUUGGUAACUUUAAACUCACUGUCAUGGAAGGUGAAUUCACUGAUUCUCAGAUUGUUGUGAUGCUUGGUGAGAACGGGACAGGGAAGACCACAUUCAUCAGGAUGCUGGCUGGGGUAGAGAAGCCAGACACUCUGGAUGGAGUUGAUAUUGAAGUUCCUGAAUUUUAUGUGUCCUACAAGCCACAGAAGAUUGAGUUAACAUACCAGGGUACAGUGAGGCAAUUUCUUCAUGAGAAAAUACGGGAUUCAUACACUCACCCUCAGUUUGUGUCCGAUGUCAUGAAGCCACUAAAAAUGGAACAACUCAUUGACCAGGAAGUUCAGCAUUUAUCGUGUGGACAGCAACAGAGGGUAGCAAUAUGCGUUUGUCUCGGAAAGCCUGCAGAUAUUUACCUAAUUGAUGAACCAAGUGCAUCUCUUGAUUCAGAGCAGCGUAUUGUUGCCUCAAAGGUUAUCAAAAGAUUUAUCCUGCAUGCAAAGAAAACUGCAUUUAUUGUUGAACAUGAUUUCAUCAUGGCAACCUACUUAGCUGACAAGGUUAUCGUCUAUGAGGGACAGCCUGCUAUUGACUGUACUGCCAAUUCACCUCAGUCUUUGCUAUCUGGGAUGAAUAAAUUCUUAUCACAUCUGGACAUUACUUUUAGAAGAGAUCCGACCAACUUCAGGCCACGAAUAAACAAACUGGAAUCUGCAAAAGACAGGGAACAGAAGUCUGUAGGAUCGUACUAUUAUCUCUGACACGGGCACAAUGGUUGAUAUAUUGCUACCACUGUAUAGCACUGUACCUAUGGUGCUUGUAGUUGAGGGAACUAAAGUGGAUUCGGCCAUGGGGGCAGAGAGGAACGGGACGGAGAUGUUUGGACAAUUGCAGGGAACAAGGCAGCACACACUGAGUUGGAGCAAGGGAAAGGAUGGGCACUUGUUGUCUGGGCCAAGACGUGAACCGGUCUGGAGCAGAACAAGUAAGAUAGGUCAACUCAAACAAGAGUGGAAGCAUGGUAACCUCUUAGGGAAUCUACUGAAAGGAUUCGGAGGAAGUGCAGGAACUAUGGAGGGGUUGGAUCAGAUAAAGGAUCCCACACCAGAAGUAGUGGUCCCAACCUUUAGAACACCCCCUCGUUUCGUAUUUGGAUUACAUGAUGGUGCAGAGCAUUCUGUUGGUCUUCAGCCACAGCCAUUGCAGAAUGAUAAGUCUGGUGCUGUCAAGGAGCCCACACUAGAAGCAGUGGUCCCAACCUUUUAGGACGCCUCUCCUUGUUUGCAUGAUGGCAAGGAACACCCUGCUGGAUUUCAGCCUCAGCGAUUAUUGGACAGAUGGGGCCUACGAGAUCAACUACUGUCACUUGAGCUAAGGGGUGGGUGGCGCAGGAUCCGUUUGUUGCUGGUUGUUUAGACAUAUAUUUGGCUUAUGGAAUGUUUGUGAACCCAGACUGUUUUAUGUACUAUGGGUAGUUUGUGCCCCAGGUUUUUUGUCCCAUAGAUUGUAUUCUAGAUUGAAUACAAACAGUGGGUUUUCCUAGCACCUUGAACCCACAAUUUAUUCUCUAUGUUGAACUUAGUUAAGUAAAACAACCGAGUUGUUCUGGCUUGUGCAUUUAUUUUGUUUUGGAAGUGGUCAGGUUCAAAUGUACCAAAUUUUAUUCUA